CCCCGUCCUCCUUUCAGAUCUUGGAGACUCACUUAGCGUGAGCAACAACUAGCAAAACACUUUGGGGUUUUUGCACUUUCUGCACCUUAGGCUGCUAUGCUGCCUUUUCCCUUUAGACACUUUGCUAAGGUAAGGCGUGGGAUGCGAAUGGCAGGAGGUGGGGAGGAGGUUGGAUCUGCUGGGAUCUCCUAAGUUGAGUGUAGUGAAGAGAUGCAAAAGGAGAGUGGGGGGGGGAGGGGUUUCCUUAGUCCCACGCGCAACUUCACCGAAGUGCUCUGCAGGUCAGGGGCUGUGGAUGUUUGGAGCACAUGGGCGAGUGCGCGUGGCUUGACUUGUGGAACUGACCUGAGCGACACCUCCAUCGUGCCCCCUCUCUCCUCCCUCCCCAUAUGCGGGGCGCCAGGAGGCCUUUCCCUAGACAGUUCAGUUCUGGAGUGUCUGGGGAAGUAGUUUUUUUGCUCCUCGAGUGAGUGAAGAUCUGUCCUCACUGAUGGCAUUCUCUCCCCCCCCCACCCAAAUGGGACUGUUAAGUCGUGCAAGUUUGGAGAGGCAAGCUUCUUGGGUAAGGAGUUUAUAUACCCGCCUGAGGGUUCAAAGCCAGGGAUCUGAUAGCAGCACCGAUCUGUGCGCCAUUCUGCAGCUCAAUUAUUAUUUAAUUCUGGCUUAAUGGCUCUUGGAUGCGGCACCGAGCGAGGCGAAGAGUUAUCUUGACGUUCCCAAGACUGCUGGGAGAGGUUUCAGCUGAUAAUAGAGUCUCGGUCACGCUUUGCUGACUUUUAUAGGCUAAUUUUUGUAGCAUCUCUUUCCCUUUCUCACUGUCCUAUCUGACAUUGCAGCUUCGAGGGAAAGAAAGGGAAAUUGGCAGAAAGAGGCCCAGGUUCGGAGUGGGGGAAAGUGGAGUGGGAGGAACAGGUAGAAAUGCAACUUGGGCAGCUGCUUUAUCACCUUACCAAAGUCUCUUUGGCAGAGGCUUCUCUCUGGCACCAGCUGCUAUUUGAUCUCUUGAACCCGGUCAAUAAAAUGACAUACCCCCUGAAAACGGCUUCCUGAUUCGCAGGCUAAAGAUAUCUGCAUUGGGUAACAUGAUUACAACUCAAAAUUAAAAGGAAAGAGUUUCUACAGCCAGUGAACUGUAAAUAUUUUGUAACCCUUCUAUCCAGCAGUCAGAAACAAGUUUGUGCCUGCGCUUUACAAGAAAAAACAAACAACCCCUGCAGUUUGUAGAAUCACUUUUUGCUUAGAAAACGAUGAUGGUUUUAAAAUGAUGCAGGGAGUGUUUCAUUCAUAGGCCAAGAUGCAUUAUUGAGUUUUCCCUCCUUGCUGAUGCAACCGAGAUGAGCCGGUUACAUCAUCUGCAGAGGUGAUUAUGAGUUUUAGAUGUUUUUUCAAAGUACAGCCUUUUUUUAUUAAAAAGAAAAACUGCCUCCUUUUAAAUGCUGUUGGCUGGCAUUUGUGUUGCCUUUCUUUGAAACAUGUGGGAAAGAAGUAGGAAAGAAGAAGCAAACUGUGCGUGUGCACAUGCAACUCCCCCCGCCCCAAGCUGGACUUGCCAACUCAGCAUUCAGCAGCAGCAGAAGUUGUUGUGUCUGCUGUUCUGCACAAAUGAAGCUCACUUGACCAUCUGCAACGUAACACCCUAACAAAGCCAGCUCUGUUUCAGCAGCCCUUGAAGCAGCUCCUCCUGCCACCUCACCACUCCAGCUUUUUCUUUCAAGAAUUCUCACUGUGUUGCUUUUUCAGUGACGGAAGUGGCAAGAAAUUACUCCUUUCCCCAAACUCUACAUGUUAAUGCAAGCAAAUGCUAUUCUGUAGGUCCAUUGGGGCAACGUGGAAAGAGGCUGAUAAACUUCAACUAUUUGCUGCUUUCUAGACUUCUUUUUUAUAUAUGUUAGUUGGUGGGAUGAUUUAUCUGCCUGCCACCCCCCAAACUUCACAAUCUCCCACUGGGCUCAACAGCUGCCUUAGAUUACAGAAGGCUGUAAUAUAAAUUCCUCAGCACCCAUCUGGUUUGCAUGAUAAUAACCUAGUUCUGAAAUGGACAUAACUGCUAGUAGGGAAGGGGGGCGGUGAGGAAGCCCCAGUUGGCAGCUCCAAGAUCUAACAUGGCAUAGUGGAUGGAGUCUUGCGGCUGGGCUGGGAUGUGAAAUCCCUGCUCAGUCACGAAGCUUGCUUAGUGAUUUUCGGCUGGUAUCCAUAGCCCUAUUCAGGCAUUAUUCUCUGUGUCAGCCUUCCUGAACCUGGUGCCCUCCAGAUGUUUUGGAACUACAGUUCCCAUUAACCAGAGCCAGUGUGGAAGGCAUGUAGCAGGGGCAGAGGGAAUGUGUAGCUCUCCAGAUAUGGUUGGACUACAAGCCCCAUCAUUCCUGAAAACUGCCCAUACUGGCUGGAACUGAUGGGAGUUGGAGUCCUAGCAACUCCUGGAGGGCCACAGGUUCAGGAAGGCUAACAUGGAGGUUCCUGUCUGGAUAUGGAAUAUUGUUGCAGUGAGCUUUUUGCAGUCAAGAGACCAUCAGAUGCUCCAAGACUCGUGGUUCUUUUUGUGAACCUCUAUUGGUUUGUUUUUUUGAAUGGUAGGGAAGCCGGUGAAUGCCAGUAAACUCUCUGUGUACUGCUUAUGGUGGGACUUAAUCCCAAAUCCAAGAUGGCUGUCUGCCUCUAGAAUGAGGAGGCUUAUAUUGCACAGGCGUACUUUCCGCAUGUGUGAUGAGACGCAGCGAGAGAAAGAGAGGCUGGUUGGAACACACACACACGAUGGCAGGUCACCUAUUUUGCAACAUGUCACCUAUUGGCUAUAGACCUGAUUUAAUGGCAACCUUUCAUAAGAAAAAGGCUCCUACUACUGGUGUCAAGCAGGUCUCAUGGGAUACGCAGUCAGGGUCUCCAAGAAAUCCAACAGGUUUGAUGUAUUCUCUGCUCCGGUAGAGCAGGUGCCUGGAUUGCAACAUGUGCAGCCGAACUUCCAAGAUGGAGGAUUGUGCCCUUUGUUCAUUCUAAUGUGUGGAUAGAAUGCUGCUUGAAUCCUCAAAAUACUUUAGGAUGGCCAGGCUAAUUUAACCCACUCUUUCUUUCUUUCUUUCUUUCUUUCUUUCUUUCUUUCUUCCUUCCUUCCUUCCCUUUUGCCAGCCCUUGCGGAGAUGCUGCCAGGCUGCGGGGAGUUUGCGGGCCCAACACAGCAAAGCAGCUGCUGCAUCGGCCAAGGAGACGCCAGGCUGGACCGGGCAGGAGAGCUUGGCCGAGAGUGACCCUGAGAUGUGGGCGCUGGUGCAGCAAGAGAAGGAUCGCCAGUGCCGGGGUCUGGAGCUCAUUGCCUCAGAGGUGGGUGUCUCCUUCCUUAGCCCCGGAGGGCAGCCCAAAAGGGUCUUAUCCUUUGGCUGGCCAGUGCUUUCUCCUUCCUGGUAAGAGAUCUCUCUUGGUCAUACAGGCUUUGGGUCUGAUCCAGCAGCUCUCUUACACACUUGAGAGUGCCGUAAGAGUGUAUUCAGCCCCAGCCCCCUAAGCCACGUUUGGCCCUUGUGUCUUCAGGCUGAAUGCUUGACUACAGCGAUGGCCUUUUCCAAGGGAUGCGAUUGAGCGUUCUUUCUUAGUAAAUUACAGGAGGAGAGGCUUCCUUUAACCUCAUUUGAAGUAUGCAGUUUGAGAAAUAAAUAGUUCAUGAGGACUAGCUGCUGUGUUUUUAAACCGGGUUUUGAUUUUAAUUCUUCCCUUAUAAUUUAGUUGCUAUUUAAUGAAUGAUGUUUUAUAUCCUUCUUUUUAUUGUGUUUGAUUAAGUUUUGGUGUUGGCUGCUUUUGAGCUCAUUAGUUUUAAAGUGCCAUAAUAAUUUGAGAAAUAAAUAAUAAAACAUUUGUAAUGCACAGUUUAAAUGCAAAAUGUUUAAAGUCAGGACUGUAAAAAAUAUUUCAGAAUCUUAGGUUUCAAGAAUGAGGUCUUUUUAACAGGGCUGGAAAAGUGUCCAAAGGAAAAGAAAAAACGCUUUGGGAUUUUCUACCCCCCUGCCCCAACCCCUCUGCUUUUAUAAUCUUUAUAAUCUUUACCUGGAUGUAUGGGUGAUGAAUCCAAAUGAAAGGUAGUUAAUCUGGGUUCAUGAAUGCAGACUGCAUAGGGGUUGGAUCCAGAUUAGGUCAUGCUUAAAGCUAGACCCAAUGACAUCAAUGGAGCUUGACUCCCAUUCAUUUCAUUGGUUCUGCUCUAAGCAUGACUAAAUCUGGGUCCAGCUCACAGGUAUGGUCUUGUGUAUAUGACAUGCAUAGCUGGCCCAAGGCAUUUUGCUGCCAGAAGCCAAGGGCAAGAGGCUUCCCUCCCCUACUCUACAUACAAAAGCUGAUUGACUGGCAGCUCAAUCUUACUUCAGUGCUGGCAAUGGGACAGCCUUCUCCACCACAACUUUAGGCAUCAGGCUAAUUCCAGGAGCACAGGGCUGGCAGUGUAGGGCACACACAGCUCUGUCCUCAAACAGAGUACCAGGAGAGAUCAGAAGGAAUGGCCAGAGAGGCUGUUGCUGCCCCCUGCCCAAAGCGCCUCACUCUGGCUAAUGCUAGGGCCGGCCCUACUAGCUUUAGAAAUGACUGGAGUGAUAAAAUAGCGUAAGCUAAUGAAAGGAAGACACAGAACUAGUCUGAGUUUUUCAUUUUUGAAUCCAGAUCCUGGUGUAUGGACAGGAGGAGAUGUCUGACAUUUCUCUGCAUGUCUUCCUACCCACUGUUCAGAUCAUCACACCCCCAGCUGCUACUUGGCCCCAAAGUUGCAACUCACUGUGGUCCCAGCCUGGAUCAGUCUCUCUCAUCUAUUUGGCCUUCCCCUUCGGAUGCAAUUCCUAUUUCUCUCUUCAAAAUGACAAGCUUGGAUAGACUGCUGCAGAGCAAAACUCAUUACCUUGUCUGGGUCUUAGUUAUAUCUUAUUCCAAGGUGAAAAAGUUACUCCAUUUUUAUUCACCUGGAAAGAGAAGCAUGCAGUCUGAGGAACAUGGCAUAAGAGGGAUGGAAUGUUUCUAGCUCUCUAUCUAUUGCUUGUGUGUGAUUCCCUUCUCUCUCUUUUCUCUCUUUACCCCUCCAUCUUUUCUUUUCAAAAUACUGCUUAUUAAUUUUGCACAAAUUUUAGAAAACAAUAAAAUACAGUAGAAGAGAAAUGGCAAAUCACAUUUUGAUAAACAGUAGAUAUGAGUUAUAUUGAUGACUAGUGUAUCUUAUACUUUACAGUAGGAAUACAGACAUAGGAAAUGAGCUAAAAAGAAAGAAAAAGGGGGUGAAAAAAUAUCAAUACAACUCUACAAAAAUCAUACUAUUUUAGCACAUUCCAUAUAUCAAGGAGUAUGGGAAGCUCUUACCUUUGAAACUCUUUCUCCCAAAUUCCAGAAUUUCUGCAGCCGAGCUGCGCUCGAGGCUCUUGGAUCCUGCCUCAACAACAAGUAUUCAGAGGGCUACCCUGGCAAGAGGUAAUGCCAUUGUCUGGGUAAAAUAAAUCAGUAAUGGGUUGGGAUGGAGGGUCCUGAAAGUGGAUGAGCAGAGACCAGUUUUGAUGGCCUGCUGGCCUCCAGACUCUUGCAGUGGAUAAAAAUGAUGUUAAAAACUUCUCAAGUAGAUAUCACUGGGGCUCGAGUUGCAGAGAUGUUAGGCCCGGUGCCAUCAGUUUUUUGGGGGCUGCGGAUAAAACAUGAGGGCAAGAAUGCAGGAAAAGCACCCUGAGAGUCAGGGUGGCAUCGUGGUUAGUGCUGGGCUAAGACCUGAGAGACCAGGGUUCAAAUCCCCACUCAGUCAUGAAGCUCACUGAAUGACCUUGAGCCAGUCACAGUCUCUCAGUGCAACUUACCUCACCAGGCUCUUGUGAGGAUAGAGUGGAGAGUGGGGGAGAACCACAAACAUCGCAGAAAAGAAGUGCCAUUAAAGAAGAACAGCAAGGGGCAAAAUAGUGGUUCCCAUUCGAUGGGGGAGUGGUGGCCCUCCAGAUCUUGUUGGGAUUCACAGCCCCAACCAGCAUCGCUGUGGGCCUUUAAAUGUCAAAGUCAUGUCACAGGAUGAACCUAGGGAUGAGCAGCUCACACUGUAAUGUCUGAGGGCACCAAGGAAGAGGGAUGGAAGGGGGUGAAAGGGGGAAUAAGCCAAAGGAAGACGUAGCAUUAGUGGGAAGAAGCUAUGGCUGGGCAGGCGAGAAGGUGUACCAACUGCGUAUGAAGAAAAGUCCUCUUUUCUCUUCUUCCUGAGACUGCCAUGGAUAGCUUGGGGCUUGUUUCUUACAGUGAAGAGACAGAAUGCAACCGCCACUGAAUUGUCCCGGUGCGCCUGGUGUUUGCUUGAUGCAUGGAAUGGUCCUCCCUUGGAAGAGGCCUGAGUGAAAGAGACUUGGGCAGGGCGCAUCGUGGGCCUCAGCUGUUGCCUCUUUGAGUGGUUAUCACCCACAGAAGCAUGUUAGGAUGAAAUAUUAGGCGUGACAAGAGGCGGGGGAAGGGGCAUUUUGUCAUCUGGGAAAAGAAUAUGGUAAUGAAGAGGCGGGCGCAUGAAAAAUCAGUUGCGGAGCACUGGGCUGGCAGCAGGAGGCUUUGCUAGGGGAUGGUGGUCUUGGCAACUUCCUUUAUACAUUGUGGCAUGAAGAGGAGAGAGAGGGGUCUCUCUUUGUUUCUCAAUGUCUUCUUCUCUGGUUCAGAGAUAAUGGUGCCACCAGGGCAACGGAUGUGUGGGCUGUUGAUGUUUUAAUUGUGCCUUCCCCUUUGCAUCCUGGCACAGGUAUUAUGGUGGCGCUGAGGUGGUCGACCGCAUUGAGCUGCUGUGUGAACGCCGGGCCCUGGAGGCCUUUGACCUGGACCCCGAGUGCUGGGGAGUGAAUGUCCAACCCUACUCUGGAUCUCCUGCCAACUUUGCUGCCUACACAGCUUUGCUGCAGCCCCACGAGCGACUCAUGGGGCUGGACUUGCCUGAUGGAGGCCAGUACGUUCGAAGUGGGGUGUGGAACUGGGAACUGGCAUGGCUAAUAAAGGCGCAAGUGAGGAAGGUGUAACUGAAGGAACCGGGAUGGGGAGGUAGAAGGAGAAGGACUGCAAUGCUGACACAGUGGGUCUUUGUGUGGGGUUCAGGGCAUUGUGGUUUUUCUUCACACUGGUGAUAAAAUCCUCCACAGGAUAAUGGUCCCCUGACAAAGCGAAAUUUGCUGGUCCUUAGUCAGUUUAAUAUAGCAAUUGGUUUUUCAGCUUUGUGUCUGUAGAAGCUUCUGGUUCCUUUCUCCCUCUGGUUUGUGGAGAUUUUGAACUCGUAUUUUUGGGGACAUACUUUGCCUCGUGUAGUUACUAGAUCCUACUCUGCCACAUAGAAAAUCCCUCUUGGAAGUGACUGUCCUACUUGAGGAUGAAUAACUAGUUAAUCUGUGGGUCCAUUUGGGUGGGAAGGUUCUUACUUGGUCCCAUGUCAGAGUUCUGCUAUGACUGGGGCUUAGAUUAUCUCCUGACAAUAUGUCUUCCCUAUUCUUGCAGCCUAACGCAUGGGUAUAUGUCUGACAUCAAACGUAUCUCGGCCACGUCCAUCUUCUUCGAAUCCAUGCCCUACAAACUGAAUGUGAGUGAACAGAAAUGUGUCCCAUCCUUCCUUAUUCCAAAAUACCCCCAAAGCAGCUUAUAUUCAUAAAUGAAACAUAAAACUGAAACUUCUUGUUCCAAUAAAAUUCAGUCCAAUCAUUAAAACAUCAGUUUAGCAGGAUUUCACAGACAAUCAUGGUGCUCAUAAAAACAAUUUUAAAGCAUUUUAGAAGAAACAGUUUUACAACCAGUCAUGGUAUGAGUGGUUAAGUAAUCAAAAUUUAGCUUAACCUUCCAACUGAAAAGUAGCUGCAGGAGGGAUUUACACAAAUAUAGGGCCACCACCAAGUAGACCUUGCUUGUAGUACUUGCCAAUCUAAUUGAUUUCAGCGUGGGGAGGCUGAUGAUGAUGAUAAUAAUGAUUUGCCUUCGUGUAUACAAAAUGUACGCCGUUGUGUGUGAAGUGUUAGCUGUGGUUUUCUUAAAAAAUAGUUUUUAUUAAGAUUUUUCUGUGUUGCAAAACAGAUAAACAGGGAAUCACCUCCACUUUCAAUUCAUAGUCUUUUUCACAGUUCAUUUACAUUUAGUGAGUGUCACUUUUGUCAUAGACAUCUUGCUGCUGAGGGGAGAAAGGGGGCAAGGGAGAUGGGGGGCAUUGUACUUUUGUUCUGUUGACUAGUGUUAGUGUGGGGGUUUGUGUCAGCAUCAUGUUGGUAGGUAGGGGGUUUGGCACUUUUCCCCCUCCCCACCACCCCACCCAUUUCCUCUGUGCUGAGAGUCUGUGUAGGAUCCUGCCUGCAGUUCUACAGCCCUUCUACAUACCAUCAGCUGCCUCUACCCUGUAGUCAGCUACCUUGCCUGGAGAGGGAGACACCGUUGUGUGGUGUGUCUCUUCUCCACUCCCCCCCCCCUUUGUAUCGGCAGAUGAGAACUGGAUCUGUCCAGUGGCCCAGAUUGUUGUCUCUCCCACCCUCCAUGGAGCACGGUUGACAGGUGUGUGGAGACACCCACCUGCCAAUCACUUUACAUCAUAAAGAUGUCAGGUGACCCAUUUUUGCCCACAUGGUUUGAAAUCAAACAAUGCAGUCAAAGGUACAGCCUGAACGGAGCAUUUUGCAACACCCUUGGGUAGCAAUCGACAAGCCUGACUAUCAGGUGAUUGCUGGGCCUUCUAAAGCCCAGUGUAGGGCUGGGCAAUGUUAGGUUUUCAACACUGCGAUGCAUCACCAGCCAAACAUUGUGAUCUCGUGAUACACCGUGAAGUUGAAACAAGCUGCCUUGGCCCCAACCCACAAGGCAUGGGGUGAAACUGCCACAGUGCUCAGCGCUGGAGCUGAGGCACUUUCACCCAAGGGCUUCGUGGGCUGGGAUGAUGCAGCUUGUUUGCACUGCUCAGGUGGGGGGCGAGAAGGCUCCCGCCCCCAGCUGAGCAAGCCCAGUCUCUCCAUUGAGGGGCAGGCAGCUGUGCGCCCCUGAACAGAUAAUUUUAAAGGAGCCACCACCCCGCCUCUGGCUCCCUCCUCAGGGCUCCCUCCGCCUUUGGGUUCUUGGGGGCGAGCGAGCUAGCUGCCUCUUCCUCUUAGCAGAAAGAGUCAGCCCACUCGCUCCCCACUUGCUUGAAGAUGGUGAGAGCCCUGCCGAUGUCGGGGUGAGGGGCAGGUGAGCUCCCUCUUUCUCCUCGGAGAGGGAAGCAGCCUGCUCGCUCUCCACUCACUUGUAAACGGAGGGAGCCUGAUGGGUUCCGUUCUCAAGGCUCCCUGAAGUGUAAUGGCACCUCCAGCUUGCGCAAGCCAGAGGCGGCUUGAGGGCACCGUUACACUUCCCCACUGAGGGACGGGCAGCCAGGCAACCCCAGAACGGAGAAGUUUAAAGGAGCCACCUGCCCAAGCGGGCAGCCAAGGGAGGAACAAGCUACAUCGGCCCCUCAGCCGUAUGAGGGCCAGCCAGAGUGCAAUGGCACCUGAAACCGCUGCUGCUCCUGAGUCCCUCUGCUGCCAGCGGCCGGCAGCAGCUUAUUUCUCCCUUGCGUGCUGAGCGCUGGUGGCAGAGGGACUCAGCAGUGGCAGUUUCACCCGCAAUAUACUGCCGGGUGAAGCAGCCAUUGCGAUCCAGUCCUGGGUGAUAUAUCAAUACACCAUGGGUCAGCUGAUUGUUGGGCAUCGUACCCGGGGCUUUGCAGUCCAGCUGAUUGACUGUUCCUGCAAAAUCUCUUUCUGCUCAGCCAUGACCUUACCUGCCCCACAUCUGAUGGCGUUUAUGAUGUCAGGUAUGGGGCAGGUGGGCGUGACUUGGCUGAAAUGGCCUGGCAGCCAAAGGGGAGGGGCCUGUUGAGCCUCUUUUAAAUGAUGCAUUUACUAUUGCUGUAAGCUGUCCUGGGACCUUUGGGUGAAGGGUGGAUGAUGGUGAUGAUGAUGAUCUAGGUGCCCUCAUAGUCUUCUCCCCUAGCUAGUUUUUUUGCAAACAAGGGCCAAGCUCUUUUAACCACAUAUAGAUAAUGCUUGGAAGUAAUCCUUUCAGGAAUCUGAGAAGAGGUCUUCCAUAGCCUGUGUAGCUUCUUGUUCCUCUUCAUAACUAUCCAAAUUAGAAUAUAUUAUGCACAGUGCUAAAGAAUGCAGAUUAAAUCAUGUAAAGAAAAGAGUUGAAAUUUGGCAGAUGUGCUCAGUUUGCGAAGCAUGUAUGGAUUUGGAUUUCUUGGGCACCUGUUGUUUUAAUACUGGCAAGAUGGCUCUGUGCUAUUCCUUCAGCCUCUUUUAUCUUUAACCUCUCACUUCUUGAGUGCACUUUGCCCACUGAUUAUCCCUUGCACAAGAUUACGGGUGAAGGAGAUAAUUUCACAGUUCACUCACAUCCACUUUUCCUGAGUGGCUCUGAAGUGUAGUUGCUGUUUUUCCCCAAGGCAAUGUAGAGAAUCCUCUCCUCUUUUCUACUCCCCAAGAAGCGUCAGUUCUCUGUGUGCUCGACCACUUGGCCUGCCUCUGCCAGCUACACAAAGAUGCCUGAGGUUGAGAAAACAUUCUCGCAACAAUGCCGCCUUGUUCUGGGAAGGAGAGGAGGCGGCAGCAGCAGCAGCGGCAGCGUCUUUAUAGUUCUGCAUUCUCAGUCAGUAUUGGCAGCCAAUAAAACUGGUCGUUGAGAGGCUACCUGGUGGCAAAAAAAGAAAAGAUCUCUGUUCUGAUUUAUUUAUUUUGAAAAUUACCACAAAUAAAAUGUAACAGCAUGCAGAAUUCAAAACUAAGAGUCAAAUCCAGGGUAAGCUUGGGUAAACGUAAGGCUUAAAGAGCCUUAAAAAAAAAGAAGCAGCUUUUCUGUUUUAUCAUAUCAUCAAUGCAUACUGUGUUACAGUCAAGCACAAGGUAAUAAGAAUAAAAAUAACUUAAAUAUUUUAGCUCUGGAUCGUAGCAUUUUUCAAAUUGUGAUGGUUUUUAUGCAAAUCUCAAUUUCUUAUCUAUCUUAAAUUUUGAAUUGAUUUGAUGAUAAUUUAACCGAUACAAAUUCUUUAAUCUCUUCUAUUUUUCUCAUUUUUGGCUCUCCUUCUGAAAAGUCUAACAAUUCAUUAUAGGUACCCAGUUAUCACUCAUAUUAAUUUUUUAUUUGCUUCAGCUUCUAUUGGGGAUAACCACCUUGGUGUUUUGUUUUCUAAUAAAUUUAAACAGGCAUUUAAAGGUGGUUGCUAUUAUUUCUUUCAUUUCAUUUAUGAGUCUCUUCCCAUGAAGCAUCUGAAAGUGAUUUCACAUUACAGUAGAAAGAUCUGUUAGAAAUUUCAUAUUGUAUUCUGGUCUCUGCCUCACAAGAGACCCGAGGGAGGUUAUUCCAGAGGGUGAGCCCUCUGGUGGAGAAGGGCUUUCAUCCAUGUUGCCACCAAAUGACAAUCUGCUGGUCAUGGUCUCCUCAAAAGAUCUCAAAUAUCAGCUGGUCUGAACCAGAGAAGGCAGCCUGCUAGGCAUCCUAGUCUUUUAGCUAAAAGAAUCCCAACUUGACUCACUUCAGCCCUUUCUGGGGUUUCAUAGCCUGGGUGUUCCUGCAGCCUUCUCUGUCUUAGAAAGGCAGGACAUCAGACUGUCUGCAGCUUCAGCCAGCUACAAGCAUCUUAACAAGACACUAGGCAAGGGGGCAGUUGAGUUGUAAGAUAACUCGUCUUCAUAUGUGGGCUGGAUUUGGUGCAGCCCAUUGCCAACCCCUGCUUUAUGGGAUGUUUCUCUCCUGUGUGUGCAUUUAUGGGUGAAGGGAGAAAUAUUGGCUUAAUCCCCAUGUGUUAACUUCCCUCCCUGGCCCCCUCCCUGCAGCCAACAACAGGAUUGAUUGAUUAUGAUCAGCUAGAAGUAACGGCCCGACUCUUCCGCCCGCGUCUCGUCAUAGCUGGGACCAGUGCCUACGCCCGCCUUAUUGACUACGCCCGCAUCAAGAAGGUAGCCCCUGGGUGCAGUGGGAGGGCAGGCAGUUGUAGGGCUUUGAAAUGCAUCCUUGUUUCUUUGUUGUAAGCCGCUUGGAGCAUGUUUUUGGGGGGUUUGUGGCGAAAGCAGCAUACAAAUAAAAUGACUGAAUGAAUGAUGUGUAUUCUCCCUACCCCAUAGUAAAAUUCAGUGGAAACGUGAGUGUUAGGGCUCAACUGGAACCUGUUUGCUUCUAAUAGUUUUGGAUCUACAAGUAGCUGGCUUUGGGCUGGAGUGCAAGGGUGCUUGUUCCUUUUGCUUGCGAGGCGUGUGGCAAGGAGCGUGUGAGCAGGAGACUGACCUGUUAUUCUCCGUCAGGUGUGUGAAGAGGUGAAGGCCUACAUGCUGGCUGACAUGGCCCAUAUCAGUGGUCUGGUGGCAGCCAAAGUCAUCCCUUCUCCCUUUGAUUAUGCUGACCUGGUCACUAGCACGACUCACAAGACACUGCGUGGAGCCAGGUGAGCAUGACAAGGAUGGGGUGGGGAAGCAUCAGUCCUCAUCAUUUGGGGGCGGGAACCUGAUGGCCUCCAGGUGGACUCCCAUCAGCUCCAGCCAGCACAGCCAAUGAGCAGGGAUGUUGGGAGUUUCAGCUCAACAACAUCCAGAGGGCGUCAGGUUCCCCCACCCCUGCUCUUUGUGAACUCAGUGGAAGAGUGUGGGCUUUGCCCGCAAGGUGUUCCCCACUGCAGGAGGAGAGGGCCAGAGGUUCCUCAUUUUUCAUCUCUUUGGGGGUUGUGAAGACCCUCUGUGUUGCCUUAAUAAUGGUACUUAAUCUGCUCGGGAACUGUGAACAUGGCUAGCAUGGUCCACUUGUGAAAUCUCUCUUGCUUCACCUGCAAUCUUGUGCCUAGGGUAAUUAGAGGGCAAAGUGCUCUCUGAGCGAGAGGUCAAAAAUACUGGAGUUAGGACUUUUGGCAAAAGGUGUUGGGGAAUAGAAAUGGAAUUCUUUGCAUAAUUUUUAGUUUUGCUGGUUAUGGGAAAGGCAAGGACAGUCUCCAGCUAUUGGAAACUCUGUUCAGAUUCCUCUCUGGUUUCUGAAGCUUCGGUGAGCAUUGCCCUAACCCUAACCAAAAAGCCUUGUAUGGUUGGAGCCCUAGUGAUAGAUGUACUUUCGUGUUUACACUUCCACACUCUUGUCACAUGCAGGUCUGGACUGAUCUUCUACCGCAAAGGUGCCCGUUCCAUAGACAAGAAGACUGGCAAGGAGAUUCCCUACAAUCUGGAAGAGAAGAUCAACUUUGCUGUCUUCCCUUCUUUGCAGGGAGGGCCCCAUAACCAUGCCAUUGCAGCUGUCGCUGUGGCACUGAAACAGGUGGGAAAGGGGAAUAAGAGCCCUUCAUACCCUUUUGGACAGGAUUUUCGACGUUAACUUGUAUCACCACUUCGGCUCCCUCCAUGGCCUGAAAUGAGCAACAUUCACUCUUGGUUUCCCAGCAGCCCCUGCAAAAGAAAGCUGUUGAUUGGCUAAUCAAGUGCAUUGCUCAGUGCAAAUGAUCUGUACCCCAUAGUAAGCUCUUCUGUCUCCUUUUGAAACCCGCCUUGCCUUCACGUUUUCACGUUUGUUGUGUGCUCAGGUCUUUUCUCUCUUGUCCUGCCUGUUUGCCUUGGUGGUCUGGACCAAGCCCUGUGUUUAUCCUGCCCUGGACCUCAAUCCUUCUUUCCAUGGUCCUGAUUCUGAAAAUUCAGCUCAUGAACCAGUGAGCCUGAUAUAUACAGUGGUGCCCCGCAAGACGAAUGCCUCGCAAGACGGAAAAACCGCUAGACGAAAGGGUUUUCCGUUUUGAAGUUGCUUCGCAGGACGAAUUCCCCUAUGGGCUUGCUUCGCAAGACGAAAAUGUCUUGCGAGUCUUGAUUUUUUUUUCCGCUUUUCCCCCCCUUUAUCUAAUCUGCUAAGCCUUUAAUAGCCUUUUAAUAGCCUUUUAGCAGCUAAUCCCUAAGCCUUUAAGCCUUUAAUAGCCGCUAAACAGCUGAUAGCGCUAAUAGCGCUAAUCCGUCAAUGGGCUUGCUUCGCAAGACGAAAAAACCGCUAGACGAAGACUCUUGCGGAACGGAUUAAUUUCGUCUUGCGAGGCACCACUGUAUAUGCUGUUCCAUCAAGUUCUCUUAUGCCUGAGAGGAGCUACCUUUUAAUCAAAAAUGUUGCCUCACAGGAGCAGUAAGGGCCCUUUGCUCCCCUGUCCUGCUGGAUUUGAGGCACAAACUCCCCAUUUAGGGGUAGGCACCCCCUGUCCCGCUACUCUCCUAGCAUGCUUCUGUCCUCCAUAUGGUCCAGUACGUUGGCUCUCUUAAUUCUGCUAGGAGAAGCUAGAUUCCUGCAUCUUUUAGAAGAUUAGCUUUGAUUUCUUUUUAUUUCAUGUUUUGGUAUACUGCCCUUCCUAUCCAAGGGUAGUUCCCUCUAAGCAUUUACAAUGCUAGACAAUGACAUAAAUAUAAUGCUACCCAAAAAAAGCAAUUGAAAGAGAUGUACUUUACAAAUUCACCACAACUUCAGAACCAAUUUGGAAAACAGAAUGGGCAACUCAUUGUUUAAAACAUCAUUUUCUUUCUUCUUGGUUUCAUUUAAAGUGCUUGAGAGAAUAAAAAUGCCAUAGCAGAGGGGAUUCCACAGCUGGGUUGCCACUGAUGAAAAAGCCCUCUCUCUUGUUUCCAAGAGCGUAGCUAUCUCUGUUACAGUUCUAAUAACUAGUAUUAGUUUGCCAAUAUUGUGCCAGCUGAUUGACUGCCCUCCUUUUGACCAGUUAAGUGCCAGUGUUGGAGAGUGUUCCCUAGAGCAGGACAGGGGAAUAUCAGGCUCAGGAGCCAAAUGUGGGUGUCUAAACCCUUCUACCUGACCUUUGGGACACUCAAGCCGUGCCCCCACCCCCAGUCCAAACACCCCUCUCCCCAUUCCACAACCCUCACCAGCCCUGAGCCGUGCCCUCCUUGUUCAGCUUUGCCUGUCUGGAAUAUGUCUGUAUACCUGAAGGAGCAUCUCUGCUCCCAUCGAUCAGCCCGGGCACUGAGGUCCAGCUCCAAGGGCCUUCUGGUGGUUCCCUCCCUGCGAGAAGUGAAGUUAUAGGGAACCAGGCAGAGGGCCUUCUCGGUAGUGGCACCUGCCCUGUGGAACGCCCUCCUGUUAGAUAUCAAAGUGCUAAACAAUUAAACAACCUUCCGCAGAAAUUUGAAGGCAGCCCUGUAUUGGGAAGCUUUUAAUGUCUGAUAUAUUGUGUGUUCUUUGAUAUUUUUGGGGAAGCUGCUCAGAGUGGCUGGAGCAACCCAGUCAGAUGGGCGGGGUACAAGAAAUAAAUGGUGAUGAUGCCCUUGAAAUGUGAUAAUGCCUCUUGCUUUUGUGGAUGGAGGAAGACGUGUGUAGAAACAUGUGGCUUUUUUGCAUGGCUGUAUAGAGGCCAAAGUAAUGUGCGUGGCUCCGCCCACUUUUACUUCUGGUCCCGGCACUCAAUCUUGGCUCGUGGCCCAAGGAAGUUUGUCCAUCUGGCCCUUGUACUGAAAAAGGUUCGCCCUCUCAGCCCUGGAGUUCUGGGCUGGGAAGAAACUGAGAGAGUGUUGCCCCUGUGGAGUGACAAAAUGCUGCAAGUUGUGCUGCUUAAAGGAGAAGUGCUGAUUCUGGCCCACUUUGCAUCCCUUUUUCCAUUCUAGGCCAGCUCACCUAUGUUCCGGGAGUAUUGCCAGCAGGUACUGAAGAACGCCAAGGCCAUGGCAGAGGCAUUGCUGCAGCGAGGAUACACUCUGGUUUCAGGUAUAGUGAGGACCCUCCGUUUGCUUCUGAGCAGAAGCACACAACCAGAGGAGUCACAUGGCGGAAGCUUUUACUGGGCUGUACCAUUUCAGAUUGCAGGUAGAUGGCACAUUUUAGGCAUUAUAUUAUUAUAUAUUUAAUAUAUAUAUUAUAUAUUAAAAGCUCCCAGCGUAUACAGAAAUUGGUAUGUAGGGGAGAAGAAUUCUAGGCUUAGUUAUAUCUCUGAUAUUCUAGUUUAAUGGUGGGCACAGGGAAUUUUUAAUAUGGGAUGGGAUUCAAACAUGUGCUUCCCCACCUGUGGUCUGAAAUGGCACAUCCCAGCCAACACCGUGCCAUCUGACUCUUCUGCUUGUGUGAUUUAGCUCUGAGUCUUGACUUUAUUUUGGUGCAGUGGGAAGGGAAGUGUUGGGGUAGGUUAGCCAGUGAGUAGCACAUAUGGAGAUGUGAAAGCCUGUAGCUGUUUGCAGAAGCGUGCUAUUUGGAAUGGGUGGAAUAAGAAGGGCUGUGGGAAAGUUUUAAAGGCAUUUUGAUCAGUGACUGGAGUGCUGGUUCAAAUCCCUCCUCUGCCAAGCACCAUAUAGUAGUCUCAAUCAAGAGGAUAUUUUCACCUUGGAGAUGUGAAAAAGGUGCUUGUAUAGGACACUUUUUUGAAAUUGCUGGUGUUCAGUUCCAUGAAUCGACCUCUAAAGCAGGGGUGCCUUGCCUCUAGCCCUCCAGAUGUUGCUGGACUCCCUCUCCCAUCAGCCCCAGACGGCAUGGCCAAUGGCAUCUCACAACAUCUGGAGGGGCCACAGGUUAAGCAUCCCUGCUCUAAACACAGUACUACUGCUUCUACAACCAAGCAGUAUAUAAAUUUUAUGAAAUAAAUUUAAAAAAAUACAUAGGAUAGUCUAUGAAUUCAAUGUCACAGUUUUUCUGGGAGGUGGGGUGGGUGGGAAAAGGUGGUCACUAGGAUGAUUAGAUAAAUUCAUGGUGGAUGGCUCCAUCAACAUGUCCGCCAUAAUGAACAGGCUGUGUCGGCAAGCAACUAUGAAGGUCUUUAACCCAGCAGGGUAAUUCUAGUGAUCAUCAUAAUUGUUAUGAGCUGGACCUAUUAUUUGAGUGUUGAGAAUGGAUGUGAGUUAGGAAGGUUAUACUCUGUCUAUGUCUAUCUCUCUGGUUAGGUGGCACUGAUAACCACCUGGUACUUGUGGACCUGAGACCAAAAGGCAUUGACGGGGCCCGGGCUGAGCGAGUGCUAGAGCUGGUGUCCAUAACAGCUAACAAGAACACCUGUCCUGGGGACAAGAGUGCAUUGACACCUGGUGGCUUGCGGCUUGGUAAGAACAAUGACUUAAAUAAAAAAGUCAGGUGCUUGGCUGUUUCUGAUGUUCAGAGAUGCAUAUAAUUACACUGAAAUAAUCCAGAUUCUGCCACAAGAAAAGCUAAAUUCUGCUUUGAGACGCCUUCUUUUUAAAUAAUGUCAAUUAUUUUUGCUCAGGACUGCUAGGGAGAAAAACAGUGGGAAGCGUAUGGAAAUUUGGGGAUAGGUGCACUACUCACAUUCCAUGGAUGCAUCUUGUGAGCGCUGAAAUCAGUACUGGGCCCAGAGUUCAGCAAGCUCAGAAUCUUACUCAUGUAAUAAAAAAACAACUUUCUAGCCCUUAAGACUGCAAAAAUAGGCUUGAAAGUAUCCCAGAAAUUAGAGUGAGGAAAGAAAGUUCCAGUAUCUUGUAAAUUUUUGCCCUUAAUUAGUAUAAUAAAUUAAGCAGAGUAAGCAAAUCGCUAUAAAUCACCUCAUUUCCAGGUCCUUGUUUUCUUGGCCCAAAUUACUUCAUUCAUUCAUUCACUUUUAGUGCAGAUUAUUUAUACUAAUGGGGAAGGAAGGCUGAACUGGGAUAGGACACUACAAUCCAUGAGGACUCUUCUCUUCUCCCCCCCUCCCCCGCGGUGUCCUCCCCAACACACACCUGGAAUACCAAUUGCAGAAAACGGUAUCAGUAGGUAAUUGGUGACGUUUUUGUAGGCAAUCCGUCAAUAUGAUUAAGAAAGAGAGUAAGGAGCAUGGAGGUCUUUGAACUCCUUGUCAGGUCUGUGUGUGUGUCCUUCUCCUGCUUAUGAGCUUUCGCACUGUCCAGGGUGUUUAUUCUUUCAAAGAGAAGAGCUGUUCUCUUCCAAUCCCUCACAGGGGCCCCUGCACUUACCUCCCGACAAUUCCGAGAAGGCGAUUUCCAGAAGGUGGUGGAGUUCAUGGAUGAAGGAAUUCAGAUUGGGCUGGAUGUCAAAAAGAAAACCUGUAAGUUGUUGGUGUGUUUUUGGAAAAGCUAGCAGGUUGAAUUGGGAUGGGUUGUUUGCAUGUUGCAAUUACUAGUACAUGUUGACUAUCACUAACUCGAGACUUUGACUUCUUUAGUGGGACAUCUGGGUGAUCUGUUUGAUAGACUCAUUAUAUUCAGGGCUCCCCACCCCCCAAGCACAGGAGCUCAGCUCUGGCACCUCUCAGGUGGGUGCCAUUGCCAUUCUGAGAGAACAAGGGAGAAGUUUACGGUGAGCUCCGGCACCUCUUUUUCUAGAAAAACAGCACUAAUUACAUUUGCUGUUUCUGAAUGAUGGAUUUCCUUGAUUCAGCUGAGACCCAAGAGGUCAUAGAACAUCCUCUGAAGGUCAGGUCCCCCCCCCCCACAACUUCUUUAUUGGCCCUGCUCUGUGCCUUUUAACGCAGAGAAGUUGAGCAAGUCAAGAUUUUUCCACCAUGUGUCUCUAUGUAACCAAAAGUUGGUUAAAGUGGUAAAAUGGGGGUUCCUGAUUUCUCAGGCUUGGCCCCAGAUUUAGGAGUGAGUAAAGAGUACAUUCUUAGAUAAUUGAAACUCCUCCUUCUGUGCCUCAGUCUCCCUGUGUUUUUGCAACUCCUGGUUUACUUAUAUUCCUGCUCUCCUUCUUUUCCCACAGCCAAGCUCCAGGACUUCAAAACCUUCUUGCUGGCUGACCCAGAGACGAAGCAGCGCCUGUCUGACCUUAGGCAGCGAGUUGAGACCUUCGCCCGUGCCUUCCCCAUGCCUGGCUUUGAUGAACGUUGAUGUUAUGCCCAACCAGAGACUGUCUGAUUACCCCCAGAUGGGCGGGGCUUGCCAGAGGCCAGGUGCUUGGGGUCCCUGUAGUCCUACCUCUGAGAGCCAGCCAGCAGGUGCCCUUUUCUGGAAGGGUGAUUGCCUUGGCCACCUUUUCUCCUUCUCCCAAUGCCCAUUUUAUAGUGACUCAAAAACAACUGACCUCCUUUCCGUUUUAUAGCAGGACUAGUCUCUGAUCCACGGUACCUGUGUAAUAUUUUCGCCUGCCCACUAUGCAAGAUGGGUUGUAAGAAUUAAACAGCUUCAUCUCUCUCCCUUGACUAAACCAAAACAGAGCAUUUUUGAAACU